UUAAAGGUUUUAUGAUCAUCAGUUUCAUUUUGCAGAUGAGAAAAUGAGUUUGGUGAAAUAAGAUUACAUAACUACUAAGUGACCUUUGAAUUUCUGCCGGAUUUAUGGCCUCUUCACCACUCCUUUCUGUGUCCACAAACAUGAACAGUUCAAAUCAACAUUGUUUUUCGGUGUUCUUCUCUGGAAUAUAAUUCAGCCCACAUUCAGUUGAGGAUUUAGUUGGGUAAGCAGGCUUCUCAGUUCCACCCUGGUGCUGUUCCAGCCCCUUCCUGUCUCUGAAGAUACUACCAUCUCCUCUAUCUUGGGCAUCUUCUCCACACAGUCCUAACUAGAGAGGGUGGAGCCUCCUAGCAGCGAAUCACCUGGCCCUCUCAACAGUGUCCCAUUCCCAGUCCCCUGUGGUGGCCAGGAGCUGGUGCAUUCCUAUAGAGAGGCAGCUGGAGCAAUAAGGAAUUGAAGAGAAUCCUGACAAUCUACAUGUUGGGAGAGGCCUGAAGGAAGACAGACCAGCUUACUCCCAGGGCCCUGUGGGUCCCCUGAGGCCCCCAGGUGAUCUCCAGCAAGACCUGUGGUGGGAAAUUUGAGGCUCAGCGACAGAGCAGAAGAUAGAAUCUGGUCACCUUGAUUGCCAGUGCACUGCUGUUUCAUUAUUCCACCGGGCAUCAUCAGAGGGAAGACAUUUUUUCCUUAGUUGAUACUAGCGUUUGAGUUGGCUGAACCGUGUGUCCACUGACCAUUCCAAGAGCCAGCUGUCUGAGAUUCCAACAAUGUCUCACCCAUCUUGGCUGCCACCCAAAAGCACUGGCGAGCCCCUCGGCCAUGUGCCUGCACGGAUGGAGACAACCCAUUCCUUUGGGACCCCCAGCAUUUCAGUGUCCACACAGCAGCCACCCAAGAAGUUUGCACCAGUGGUUGCUCCAAAACCCAAAUACAACCCAUACAAGCAACCUGGAGGUGAGGGUGAUUUUCUUCCACCCCCACCUCCACCUCUAGAUGAUACCAGUGCCCUCCCAUCUGGCUCUGGAAACUUCCCUCCUCCACCACCCCUUGAUGAAGGUGCUUUCAAAGUGCAGCAGGGAACUCCCGGAGGCAAGACCCUGGAGGAGAGACGCUCCAGCCUGGACGCUGAGAUCGACUCCCUGACCAGCAUUUUGGCUGACCUUGAGUGCAGCUCCCCCUACAAGCCUCGGCCUCCACAGGGCUCUACUACUUCAACAGCCUCUCCUCCAGUUUCUACUCCAGUUACAGGACACAAGAGAAUGGUCAUCCCAAACCAACCUCCUCUAACAGCAACCAAAAAGUCUACAUUGAAACCGCAACCUGCACCCCAGGCUGGACCCAUACCCGUGGCUCCAAUUGGAACGCUCAAACCCCAGCCUCAGCCAGUCCCAGCCUCCUACACCACAGCAUCCACCUCUUCAAGACCCACCUUCAACGUGCAAGUGAAGUCAGCCCAGCCUAGCCCUCAUUACAUUGCACCCCCUUCAUCAGGACAAAUGUAUGGCCCGGGGCCCCAGGGCUAUAACACUCAACCAGUUCCCGUCUCUGGGCAGUAUCCCUCUCUUUCAACCCGGGGAGGCACAGAUUAUGCAUAUAUUCCACCUCCGGGACUUCAGUCUGAUCCUGGGUAUGGGUAUGCUCCCAACCAAGGACGCCAUUAUGAAGCCUAUUAUGCAGCGGGGCCUGGCUAUGGGGGCAGGAAUGACUCUGAUCCUACCUAUGGUCAACAAGGUCGCCCGAAUACCUGGAAGCAGGAACCAGGGUAUACUCCUCCUGGAGUAGGGAACCAGACCCCUGCUGCAAUGUAUCCAGCCACUGGUCCCAAGAAGACCUAUAUCACGGAUCCUCUUCCAGCCCCCUGUUCCCCACCACGGCAGCCAAAGGGUGGACACCCAGGGUCAAUGGGGCCUUCAUCUGUUCCCCCUUCAUUCCGUCCAGAAGAUGAGCUCGAGCACCUGACCAAAAAGAUGCUGUAUGACAUGGAAAAUCCACCUGCUGAUGAAUACUUUGGCCGCUGUGCUCGCUGUGGAGAAAACGUAGUUGGGGAGGGUACAGGCUGUACUGCCAUGGAUCAGGUCUUCCACGUGGAUUGUUUUACCUGCAUCAUCUGCAACAACAAGCUCCGAGGGCAGCCCUUCUAUGCUGUGGAAAAGAAAGCCUACUGUGAGCCCUGCUACAUUAAUACUCUGGAGCGAUGCAAUGUGUGUUCCAAGCCCAUCAUGGAGCGGAUUCUCCGAGCCACUGGGAAGGCCUAUCACCCUCACUGCUUCACCUGCGUGAUGUGCCACCGCAGCCUGGAUGGGAUCCCGUUCACUGUGGAUGCUGGUGGCCUCAUUCACUGCAUUGAGGACUUCCACAAGAAAUUUGCCCCCCGAUGUUCUGUGUGCAAGGAGCCUAUCAUGCCAGCCCCUGGCCAGGAGGAGACUGUCCGUAUCGUGGCCCUGGAUCGCGAUUUCCAUGUUCAAUGCUACCGGUGUGAGGAUUGUGGUGGCCUCCUGUCUGAAGGAGACAACCAAGGCUGCUACCCACUGGAUGGACACAUCCUUUGCAAGACCUGCAAUUCUGCCCGCAUCAGGGUGUUGACCGCCAAGGCGAGCACUGACCUUUAGAUUCAGUCACCUGUUUAGCUAGUUAGUGGAUGGUGCUGAGAAGAAUGAAACACAAGAAAAAGCUAAGAAAAGAAAUAGUAAAAUAGAGGAAAGGCAAUCAAAUUGUGGGAUGGUCUUGGUUCUUCAUCUGCUAUUAAUCUUUAAUUAGAAACACAAAUUAUCAGGUUGUUUUUUUUUUAAGUUCUUACCAAAUACACAUUUCACAUUUAAUCAUGUAGGACCUUGAUGGGCCUUUGUUCCCAAGGACUUCCACAUUUUUGCACAGAUUAUGCUCCAUCCCAUUCACUUCUGCAUUCCUGUAACUUUUAAUCCCUAUGUUUGUCUCACUUUUCAUCUGGUUGAAUGGCUUUUUUUAGUGUGGUAUUUGCUGUCACACAGUUUUUCCUGGGUGAGUCUGCCAGCUCACAGGUGCUUUUAGGCUUGAUGUCUCCAUCCUAUCAUUUCCACAUUGCCUGUGAUCAUAAAGGGUAGCCAUUCUUUUGCUAUGUAUUGAAACUAUAUUUUUCUAUUGCUCUAUACCACUCAUACCCCUUGGGGGAAAAGUACAUGAUUUUGUGUUAGGCUAUAAAGAAUUUAAAAGUUGUAAAUUGCAUAAGAUAAAAUAAGCCCCAAUUUAAUUUGUAACCAUCCAAAUUCACAGUCUGUAGUGACCAGUGGUCAAGGCUCAUUUGAAAAUAUUUAUUGGCCUAUGGCUAAUAAGUGGUGAAAGAGAACCAAGAUUUAAUCUUUUUUGAAGAAAUUAUAAGUGGAAUAUGCUGAAAAAAGCAUUUUGGGGUAUGUUUAAAAAGUCCAUUAUUAUGUCACAACAUUACCUUAAGAUUUUCAUCUUCCACACUAACUUGACAUCAUAAUACAAAUUUGAUUUCCUCUAGAAUAUAACAUUUCCAAUAUAGUCCCACUUUUCAUCUUAGAAAUAUUGUCAUUUUUUUCCUAAUAGUCAAUACAAGUAUCAAAAUUAACUUUUUCUCUAGAGGAAGAUAGCUAUAAAAAAGAGUUCAAAAUCUAUUCUUUUAUUUUCUUUUCCCCAGGCCCAAGUCCUUUUUGCCUGACAAUUGUACAUCAGGGCAUAUAAAAUAAAUUGUGCAGUUUUGUUUAGUUUACUUAUAAAAGAGAGGAAAGCUUAAAAAGAUUGUGAAACCACAGUUUCAUUAUUCUCAUAAUCCUUCUGCAACUCAAAUUACAUAUUGCAGGAGACAUUUUCAUAUCAUCGAUGUGACAUUUAUACCACACUUUCAAAGACAAUCACUAAAAAAAAAAUUGUCUUUCUGGAGCUAAAAAUAUGCAGAGUCUCUGCCUAGAAUCUUUAUUCAGAUUCUUUAUUAGCCAGUGAAACACUUGCUUGCCAACUGUAGAACCAUACUUAUUAAGUUCUAACAUGUUGCAUUUAAGGAGAGACACCUAGCUUAGUAGUGGCAAGUUGCCAUUUUAUAAACUAAUUAAGUAUUUUGGAUUGAGAUUUUUUUAAACCUUUCUUCAAAUCUUCUACAAACAUAUACUUUUAAAUUAUGGAGUAUUUUAAAUAUACAAAAAAUUAUAAAUAAUAUAAUGAAUCCCUGUAUACCUAGCAGUCAUUUUAAGAAAUCAGAUAUAACAAAUGUAAUUCCAUCAUCCUGUGUACCUUUCCCUUAUUCCAUGAAUAUCUUUUUCUUGAUUAUGAAGUAAUAGUUUCCUAGUCUGAUUUUUUUAAAUUUUAACAUCCCAAACAAAAAAUGAAAAAUUAUUGGUAUAUGUUUUAAAUCAUAACCUAUACCUCAGGAAUUCCAAUUAAAUUUAUUUUACUUGAAUAGGGAUAAUCAUAAAAGUGAUUCUUUUUUUUUUAAAAAGAAAUUCUUAUGCCUAUGGUCACUACAGCUCAUGUAAAUUAAUCUGUAGAUCAUUUGCUUUUGUCACUAGUUUUAUGUUAGAACCACCAACCUUAUAGAUUAUAAGAGCCUCUUUUGACCACUGUCUUUUUCUUACCUUGCUUCUCUUACCUUUGAUCUUAUAUUUCUCAUAAUGUGAAACAUAAUUACAUUCACUUAGGGUCAGCAUGUGAGUUUUAGGAUACAAUAGCAACUGUGUCUCUGAAUUCCAGUCUUCCAACUUAAAGGCCACAUCAUGCUGAUGACCUCAAAAACACUGACUAUUACACAAUAGAGGUGAUAAUAUAAUCUGAAUUGAUUCAGUAACAUGUUUUCUAUGAAAUGCUUGGAGAAAAUUCUCUUUAAUCCAAAGCAAAGAGUCCAAUUUAUUGAGGGAUAGAUUUUUAUCUCAUAAAGUGAUCAUAUUAUUAUAAAUUUUGCCAAAAGAAGAAUUUAUGAAAUAUUUAUACUAUAAAAAUACAAUAGCAUUCUACUUGCUUGUUACAUUUAAUUCCUCAUGUAACUGAAUGUUUACAUGCCAAAAGAAAAAAUUAUAAGAAAAUGCUGUCACAAACCCAUCACUGUGGCAUUGCCAGCAGAAUACUGCUUGCUUCCAGUCUUUAUAGUGCAUUCUUAUCACAUAACCUCAGAGUAUCUUUACCAAAGAUUUUUAAAGUGAAUCUCUUUUUAAUAUAGACUUAUACAUUUAUAAUAAUGAAUGUGCACACAUACAUAUGCAGAAAUAUUUAGAUUUAGAUUUUUUCCUUUCAUAAGAUAUAAUAAAGGAUCCUACCAUAUUUUAUUCCAAGAUUUCUUGAAUAUAUGAUUUAUAUUGCUUUCUUGUCUUUUCUAUUAAUCAUUUGAUCUAAACAAUGCCAAGUCACUCUUUACUGUUUUAGUUACAUGAAAUUUUGCCUGUAACAGAGAUAUAAAGAUCAUAUCACCUUCAUGAUUAUAAUCAUACUGUCUUUUGAUAUAUUGUACUAUCAUUUAAAUACACAAGUAAUAGAAAAACCUCAUAAAGUUUAUAACAAAGUUUGUAAAAAACAUACUGGUUUUAAAAAAUUGUCAAGAAUAUAAAUAUUUGGUAUUCUGUGUAACAAGACAUGGAAAAGGAAGAAAACCCACUAGGUCAUGGGCUCUGCAGACCAUUUCAAAAUAAGAUUUAUUAAUUGUUGGGGUCCUCAGAUCAUGCCGAUUGAACGUGGAGUCUCAUUGGCAAACAAAAUUGCCUUUAAAACUCAAAAAUAAGUCAUGUGUCCCAACACAAGACAUUAGGUUGUGAGAUGCUGACAUAUCUGCAGCUCAUAGUUGUGGGUUCUUUUUCUUGCCAUUGUUGUUUCUGUAGGCGUAACUUCUCUGAUCAAAAUGACUUUAUUGGAUGUAUGCUGAUUAAUGAGGUGGACUUAUCAACACCAUCAUUGUUUUCUGUGAAAGAUUCUGCAAAGAUGUUUAUGGUGAGGUUUAAAGGAUAUAAAACUCUAACUACAGUUAAACAACUCUUUUAUAUUUGGGUCCAGAGGAAGAAAGAGAGUGCUUUUUCCAUGGGGCUUUAGUAGAGUUCACAGAAUAUAACAGGACUCUAAAAACACAACUUCCAAACAUUUUCCUAGUUAGUACAAAUCCUAUUAAUGUGAACCAGCCGGGAAUAACAGUGUUAUUUCUAUUUGAUAUGGUUUGGGCUUCUCUUGUCAAAUCUUUGUCAGCUGUCCCCUGAUCCCUCCAUUAUCGUGUUUUGAAGGGUGUUGGGGAAAUUAUGGCAGCUGCUAGGGAGAUCAGGGAAACACUGAUAUAACCUCACAGCCCCUCGCCAUUCCUCUUGGCUUGAAAAGGCCUUAUUUUUUCAUAUACAUUUCUAGAAAUAUUGCUAUUCUACCUUAGUAUUUCACAUUUGUAGUUUAAACAAGCGAUUGUCCAUCUGUUGCCUAGAGCUAUAGUACAUGUGUGUUAUGAAUGAAAUAUGACAGCAUGUUCCAUACCCCUGCUUUAGCCAUCUGUAGGAAACCAGCAAACUGAAAAAGAUAUACCUCUACAAAAUGUGCCUCAAGUCCAUUUCUUGGGAUCACUCAUUUGAUGCACGCUCAUGGCAGACAACCAGAGAGCAGCAUAUAUUUGUGCCUUAUUUUCAAAGAAUCUAUUUAUACUUCUAUGAAUAUUUUACUGAAGAGUCAAUAAUAUAAAUAAUAACCCCCAAAUCUCAAAGAUAUUCUCAUCAAGAAGU